AUGAGGUCACGUAGCAAAAUGUCAGAACGUGCUGAUAUGCUAAGUUUCACCGAGCACAUCAGGAAUGUGUGCUUUCUCGCUCACGUUGAUCAUGGCAAGACUACGCUCUCCGACAGCCUCAUCUCCAGCGUUGGCAUCAUCAGCGAGAGGCUUUCGGGGAAGCUGCGGUAUCUAGACAACCGUGAUGACGAGCAGAGGCGCAUGAUUACGAUCAAAUCGUCCAGCAUCUCGCUCAUUUACUCCCCGAACAACCCGACUGUGCGGACAAGCAGCGCCAAGGCGCUCAACGACUCGCCAUGCAUCAUAAACCUCGUGGACUGCCCGGGACAUGUCGACUUCUCCGUUGAAGUGUCCACCGCCGCGAGGCUGUGCGAUGGAGCGCUGCUCAUCGUCGACGCCGUCGAAGGCAUAUGCCCGCAGACCAAAGCCGUCCUGCGGCAGGCGUGGAGGGAGAGCGUACGCACGGCGCUGGUGCUGAACAAGAUCGACAAGCUGAUACUCGAUCUGAAUAUGACUCCGGCGGAGGCGUACCAACGGUUGCGCGACUUGGUCGACCAGGUAAAUGCACUAAUGUUCCAGAUGUACAACGAGUACCUCAACGUUGAUGCUGAUGAGGAGGGAAUUAAGGUGGACGUCAGUGCGAAGAAGUGGUUCUUCUGUCCCUCUGAGGGGAACGUGGUGUUCUGCAGUGCCUUACACCGGUGGUGCAUAAACCUGCCAGAGUUCGCGGAGCAUAUCGUACAAAAACUCAAUGUGCCGCCUGCGAAAAGCGGCGGGAUUCUGAAGGCGCUCUGGAGCGAUCUCUACUACUGUCCGCGCACCAAAACGCUGAAGCCAGGCCACGGUCGUGAGAAACCCUUUUUCGUGCAGUUUGUGCUGGAGCAAGUGUGGAAGGUCUACGACUCCAUCAUGACGAAUUGGUCUCCGGAGGAUAUCGAAAAGUGCGUCAGGUACUCAGGAGCCACGCUGAGCGCCCGCCAGUUGCGGCUUCUCGAGAGCUCGGCUACACCUGCCGCUGAGGAGCGCGAGGAGCUGCUGACCACCGUAAUGGGAUCGUGGAUUUCCAUUCCAAGCGGCAUAGUACGGAUGAUUGUGGACUGUCUGCAUAACCCCGUUCAGGCUGCAAAAAAGCGGCUGAAACGCAUCUGUCCGGCUGUGCUGGAAUACCCAGCUUACGAGGAGGUCAUAUCCUGCAAACCGACGGCACCGACAGUGGUGCACGUUGCCAAAUUCUUGGGAUGCGACUUGAACAUCAUGAGACUCACUGGAGAUGUGCUGCAUGGAGACGAGCUUGCUGAAGAAUUUGUAGCCUUCGCGCGUAUAUUCAGCGGCUGCCUCAAGGUCGGCAGCCAACUCUACAUCUGCGCCGCCCGGAGACCCGGUGCGGGUUGUGGGUUCACGGACGAUAUCCACAACGACGUACAGCAGAGAAAGGUGUGUGUCAAAAGGAUCAUGAUAUGCAUGGGAGCCGAUCUACUAGACGUGGACACCGGCUGGCCGGGGAACAUCGUUGCACUGCACCUCUCACAGCCCGGCUCCUCGCCGGGAGAUGGUGCGUCGCCUCGCGCGGCCGACGCAGGACGCAGGGACAACAUGGACCAUGUCAAGGAGGUUAUGGCGUGGAUCCUGUCUCUAGGGGACCCUCACCGACAGAAGGUGAAGAACAUGGGUGACGAAUUCGACAAUCGCAGCCGAUUCACGCGUCAGGGCAAUCUCUGCAGCGUCGAUAGGCACCUCACUUUAAGCAGUGACCCGUCCUUCCCCGGGUUCCCGCCGCUGAAUUUAGAGUUCAACAACCCCAUCAUCCGAGUCUCGGUCGAACCCCAAAAUGUCAAACACACUCAAGAGUUCCUCAUGGGUCUGGCGUAUUUGUACAUUUCAGACCCGGCAAUUGAGCUAGAUGUGCUCAAGACUGGCGAAUAUGUCCUGGCCUGCUGCGGCGAAAUUCACCUCGAGCGGUGCGUCAACGACCUCGCCAACCUGUAUGCAAAGGUGCCGAUAACGGUGUCGAAGCCACGGGUGUCAGUAAGGGAGGGCGUCGUCGACCUGUCGCCAACGGACACCAGCGCGGUGGCGUAUUCGAGGGCGCUGAGCAAAACAGUCAACUUCCCGCCGUGGCAGAACAAUGCGAAUACCGCCGAUGAGCAACCUGCGGAGUCGGACCCCACGGUGGAUCACAAGAUGGUAGCACCGAUCAAGGGCAUGCCGGGGGCCUACAUUACAACAGCUGCACUCAAACUCGGCACCGAGUACGCCGUCACCCCUUCAGGCGACACCGUGCUACUAAUUCGCACCGUGCAGAUGCCGCAGCAAGUGCUGGACUACGUGGAGAACAACAACAACGACAUAAAACGCGCAAUCUACGGAGGGGAACCGCCGCCGCAGUUCUCAACGGGCACGGCAGAGCAGCGCAUGAACAGCUACUUGGAGAAGCUGGAAAACGACAUUAUCGCCACGUGGAGGUCGUGUACCCAACAGCGGGGAUCAACUCUGGAUGUCGGCCACCUCUGGGCAAUCAGCACCAAUAGAGGCAGUCGGACCAUGCUCUUCUAUAACGACAAUAACGGGCUGAAGGUGGUGCCAACGAAUACGGCGGCCGGCGAGGAGACUUCUGGCUCAAGCUCGAUCGAUCGGCAAAAGCUGGUGCGCCCACCUCCGCUGGGGUGGGGAUUUAAGGACACCUACCAGCCCGAGAAGCUCAGCACACUCGAAUGGUCCAAGGCCGUAUCAGCGGUGAUGUCAGGCUUCGAAGUCGCAUCGCAGUUCGGCCCGUGUACUGAGGAACCGUUGCGCGGCGUCGUGUUCGUUAUUGAGGGGAUGUACACUAUAAGCACCCCGUGCCCAGACGCCAGUCCGGAACGCAGUUUGUACAAGUCCCGGAAAACAAACAGCCUACUACAAUGCGCAGACGAGCCAGGAGAAGGGACGCAAGACGAUACACUCUCCGAUAUGUUGCACAAGGAGGCAUUCCAAUGCGACUCCAAAGCCGCGCCGUCGGACUCUGCAUUCGACGGCGAGGAAGAAGGGGAGGGUUAUAUGCGUAUCGGCAGCCACGUCAAGCUAGUGACGAACGAGCAUACAACCUUCGAAUCAAGUGCCGAUGACCUCCAGGACACAUUAUCGCAAUUCAGCGACGUACUCACCUUCCAGUCGUCGCGUAGAUCCGGUUCCGGGGUGUCGACCGCUGGCAACAUCAUAUCAACCAUGCGCAACAUAUGCCGCAAGGCUAUCAUGCAGCGCGGCAGGCCGAGGAUAUACGAGGUGAUGCUGCGGCUGGAGCUGCAGUGCGACCAGGGGGUGCUGGGCAAAAUGUACAGCGUGCUGCAGAAGCGGCGUACCCAGAUAGUCGCCGAAAACGUGCGAAACGGCACCAAUACGUUCGUUAUAGAGGGCCUCAUACCCGCAUCGGAGUCAUUCGGGCUAGCCCAGGACCUGAGGUCGAAGGCCUCUGGCGGCGUCGUAUUCCACCUGCAGUUCAGCCACUGGGAGAUGAACCCCGACGACCCAUUCCCCGAGGUGUCGAUGACCGACGAGGAAUUCGAGGACGCAGGGUUCAACAUGGCCCGCAUGCUGCAGUCCAAUGUGCCACGCAAAAUCAUCAACUACAUUAGGAAGAUGAAGGGGCUCAUCACCGAGGAGAAGGUGGUGGCGUCUGCGGAGAAGCAGCGCACGCUCUCCACGAAGAAAUGA